UACUUGUGUAAUAAUGGUUAACACUACAUUUUUAUAUAUUUUAUCUUGGCAGCGUGGAGAGCCUUAAAGUAUUAGCUGAAGAUUGAGGUGUUAUCACCAAAGUAUUUUAGGAGAUAAUUUUUGUCUUUGAUUACUGUGUGGAGACAAGGGUUUGAGUCUCUAAGGCAGGACCAGGACCAUAAUGCAAUAAGCUUUGCUUUUGGUUGCUCACAAAUUGUGCCUUGAUGUCUAUCAUAAUAUAAAGCAUUGAAGAAAAAAAAAAAAUGUAACUAACAAUAGAAGGAUGUUCUCCAACUUUGCAGUAUUUAAAUGAGUCUCUUCUUAUAUGUCAUCCUUCAUUUUCUGUUCAUGCUUCUUUCACUGGAUGGUUGGAUUGAUGGGCUUGAGGCUUCUAUUUUUUGAGUUCCAGAGACAAGAAAGGAAGAACGCACGCUAUGGAGAUUUUGUUGGAUAAAACCUAUCCCAAAUUUCCACCUUCUGUGUCAGCGGAUGUUCCUUAUAUUUUUGACUUAGAAUGGUCAGUAAACUUGAGAUUGAAAGAUGUUGUUCAGCAAUUCCAACAGCAUCUGGAGAAGCUUCAGGAUUUCUGGUCUACUUUGGAUGAUAUUGACCAGUCUCUCUGGGUUGUUGACCCAAAGCCAUCACAUCGUGCUACAUCAUAUCGCCAAAUCAACAUAGGGAAUGAUUGCUUUGUCAUGUUGUCUAUAAAUGCCAAUGAUCCGAGAUCUUUACCUGAGUGUCGAUUUAUGGGUUCAGAUCCAAAGGUCAACUUGUUGAGAAGGACAUGGAGAAGAAACUGGAAAGGAUGGAUAAAAGACAAACUAUUCCUUGAAAAUCUUUCAUUGUACUGGAGACUCAACUUCCAGGACCUCCAGAUGUCGAGAAGAAUGAUCAGGAAAAUGAAUGUGGAAUUUGUUAUGCGCAAUAUCUUCCCAUUGAUGAUGAACUUGGAGCUAAGAGUGGGAGUGGAACUGAUUAUACCUGUGAUAAUGAUGACUGCGGUAGGGCUUUCCAUAGCAUUUGUCUUGGGGAUUGGCUACGUUCCAUCACUACAACAAGGCAGUCAUUUGAUGUUCUGUUUGGGAAUUGUCCAUACUGUUCAGAGCCGGUUGCAGUCAAUAUCAAUGCUAUGAAGUGAAUCCUUGUUCUUCAUGGCCUACUCAUUGAAGAUUAUCAGAUUUUUGCAGAACUUGAGGCAAGUGCCCACAGAUUCCCAUCCAUCAUUUUGUGCAAGGAUUUUAACUCAGUGUCUUCAAAUAGGAAUUUUUUGAUAAUUGAAGAUGGACCAAGAAUCAUUAAAAUUGCAUCCCUCCCCCCAUCAAUCAAUCAUAUACAUUUUUUUGAAUUAUUUCUCUUCUGUCCUAAUCUUAUACGCUAGCCCUUGAGUUGAUUGUAUGUUCAUGCUUAAUCGGAAGGCUUCGAGAGAUUCAAUUUAUGACUGCCACAUAGCUUUAAUCCUGCUGUAACCUACAAAACCUUUCCUGAAAGCACAAACUUUUUUUGCGUGUAAGCAACUUUGUGCUGAUGAUUUAUGGUGGGCAAUGUUUG